GCUUGAAAAAGUUUUACAAAAUUAGUUAGGGCUGAGAAGAAAUGAUGAGAUGUAAUGGUUUAUCAUGAUGGCUCGAUAUGAGUAAAUAACCUACACUACGACACAAAGCACCUUUUGAAGUAGGAAGCUCCUCCGCUGCCGUGCAAUUUGAAAAAUGAACUGGUGCAAGAGACGAACAUUUCUGAGAGUAAUUCAACAGAGUCAGUUUCUUCUGAAGUCAAGAUCCCUACAUUCCGCAGCAAGUAAAAUUUAUGAUGUCAUUGUGGUUGGUGGAGGGCAUGCUGGGACAGAGGCUGCCUGUGCUGCUGCUAGGAUGGGAGCAAAUACCCUCCUUCUCACUCACAAGCUAGAAACAAUAGGUGAAAUGUCAUGCAAUCCUUCAUUUGGUGGUGUAGGUAAGGGUCAUCUGAUGAGAGAAGUCGAUGCUCUUGAUGGAGUUUGUGGACGAAUAUGUGAUGUAUCUGGGCUGCAGUAUGUGAUGCUAAACAAAAGUAAAGGACCUGCAGUUUGGGGCCCAAGAGCUCAGAUAGAUCGGAAGCUUUAUAAGAAGUUCCUCCAGGCAGAAGUAUUCAAGACAGACAAUCUUACAAUCAGAGCUGCCGGGGUGGAGGAUUUAAAGAUAGAUGGAGACACUAAUCAGGCCACAUGCGUUGGUGUUGUCUUAUCAGGUACUGAUGAAAUAGUUCACGGCAAGUCUGUUGUGUUGACUACUGGGACGUUUCUCCGUGGAAAUAUAACGAUUGGUUUAGAUGUGUUUCCUGCAGGACGUAUGGGUGAUGCGCCAUCUGUUGGCCUCGCUAAUACCCUAGAUAAACUGGGAUUUGUUCUGGGAAGGUUAAAGACAGGUACACCACCAAGGUUAGAUUCAAGGACUAUAGAUGUCUCUAGUCUCGAUGCUGUGUAUGGUGAUAAACCGCCAGUGCCUUUCUCCUCCAUGAAUGAUGCAGUAUGGAUAAAGCCUGAAGACCAGCUACCUUGCUAUGUCACAUGGACAAAUCCUGAAAUUGAUAAAAUAAUUUUGGAUAAUGCGCAUCUGAAUCGUCAUGUUUUAGAAGAAAGCAAUGGCCCAAGGUACUGCCCAUCCUUGGAAUCCAAGAUAAUGCGCUUUAAAGGAAAGACACAUCAGGUGUUCCUGGAGCCAGAAGGGUUUGAUAGUGAGGUGGUCUACCCAAAUGGCCUUAGCUGUACACUACCUGAAGAGAUACAACAAACAUUAGUGAGACAGAUUAAAGGAUUAGAGAAUGCAGUCAUUGUUAAGCCAGGAUAUGGAGUUGAAUAUGACUACAUGGAUCCACGGCAGAUAAAACCCACCUUGGAGACCAAGAAAGUCCAGAGUUUGUACUUCGCUGGACAGAUUAAUGGCACAACUGGCUAUGAAGAAGCUGCGGCACAAGGUAUAAUUGCUGGUAUUAAUGCUGCAUGUAAAGUCCAGAAUAAACCCCCAUUUACAAUAGGACGUAGUGAAGGCUAUAUAGGAGUUCUGAUAGAUGACCUUACAAGUCAAGGUACCAAUGAGCCGUACCGUAUGUUUACCAGCAGGGCUGAAUUCAGACUCUCCUUGAGGCCAGAUAAUGCUGAUAUAAGACUGACUGGAAAAGCAUAUGAAACAGGAUGUGUCAGCCAAAAACGAUACUCCCAAUACAAAACUAUGGAACAAGAUCUACGAGAAAAUGUGCAGUUAUUGAAGGAAGUGCAAAAUGAUUUAUUCACAUGGCGUGUAAAAAUGAAACGGAGGACAAAGAAUAAUUACAAGCAACAGAGCGCAUAUGAACUGUUAGCUGGCACUGAAACUUCCAUGAAUGACAUCAUUGAAGCAGAACCAGAGAAGUUUGGUCACCUCAGAGGGCAGGAUAAACUCUGUGAAAGACUCAAGAUUGAGGGUAUAUACGGAUCCCAUGUUGAGGCACAGCGUGAACAAGUUGAAGAAAUUAAAAGAGAUGAGAAACUGAUCAUCCCAGACAACAUAGAUUAUGAAAGUUUGCACAUAAGCAAUGAAGCAAAAACAAAGCUGACCUUUGCAAAACCACAGAGUAUUGCAGCUGCUAGUAGAAUACAAGGUGUAACACCAGCUGAUAUAGUACAACUCCUCAAAUAUUCUAGAACUUAUCAAGAAACUGCCAAAACCUAGCAAAUGAAAUGAGCCAUAGCAGUUAUCAUUUUGCAUAUUUUUGCAGCCAUUAUCUCUUAUAAUAAUGCGGCCCUACAUGAUGACAGAAAACAAGGAUUAGAUUGAUAUACUGAGACUCUGAAGAAGUGUUCUAAAGACGUUAAAAAUAUGCCAAACUUAAUAUCAGAUUAGAGUUUUUAUCAGUGUGUAAGAAAAUAAACAUGAAAAGAAACGUUAUUGUUUUGAUAUACUAGUAUUUAUGGAAUUUCUAAAAUUCUACAUUUGCGUACUACGGUACUAACUAAUCUCUUCUUUGACUAUACACCCACUGGGUGUUGUGGUACAUUUUCUUGUGUAAAAGCAUUAUAAAUUGCAUCAUGGGUAUUUAUUUGGAAGGACUUUAAAUUAAAAACCCAUGGGUGUCUAUCAAGAAUGUGGAUCUUAUAAUUCAAACCAAGGACUCAUAUUUGCGUCAUGGUCACUUGAAAACUGUGAAUUUCUCAAAAAUGAAAACUGUACAUUUAUGUACAAAUAAAUACGA